AUGGCAAAAAAAAUUUCAUACCUCCAUUUCUAUUUCCUUCAUCAACACUCCCUUGUUAUUAUUCCACACACCGCAAUGGCACAUCGGGUUGCUUUCCUGGACUUUGUAGCUCUUGCUCUUUGUUCAACUUUGUCAUUGACCACGGAACCCGCCAACCUUCAGGAUUUUUGCGUGGCAGAUGGCAACACCAACACCAGAAUGAAUGGUUUCGCUUAUAAGGAUCCAGCCAUGGUUCAAGCAAGUGAUUUUUCUUUCAGUGGGCUUCAUAUUCCCGGCAGCACGGCAAAUGCAGUGGGCUUUAGGGUCACUCCUGUUUUUGUUACCCAAAUUCCAGGCCAUAACACUCUUGGUAUCUCAAUUGUUCGCAUUGACUAUGAUCCAUGGGGUAUCAACUCACUCCACACUCACCCUCAUGCUACCGAGAUUCUCACAGUGAUGGAAGGAACUCUUGAAGUUGGAUUUGUGACGUCAAACCCCGAGAAUUGCCACAUUACCAAGGUCCUUAAGAAGGGAGAUGUAUUCGUCUUUCCAGUUGGAUUGGUCCACUACCAACGUAAUAUUGGGUAUGGACAUGUUGUGGAUAUAGUUGCACUAAGCAGUCAGAAUCCUGGAGUCAUCAUUGUUGCCAAUGCUGUUUUUGCAAACUUGUCACUAUUAGUCAGUGGCUACCAAGGAAAUAAUUUAUCAUCUCAAUGUGCUAUAAAAGUCGAUCUCAUGAAAUGUUUCGACUCUGUAAAUUGGAAUUAUCUAUUUAUGAUGACGGGUGUUACGGGAUUUCGUAUGUGCUACUUGAAUUGA